CCGUGUUUCGAGGAAAGCAUAGUCACUAACCGCAGGGCCGUAUGCGUCCCAACCUGUGAAAGGUCGAGUGAGGGUCUCCAAAGGGACUGCUUCCUCAGGGUUAAGGCAGCGGGAAGGGUCACCUUUUCAUUCGCCCCAAGCGUGUGUUGGAUCCACUGCCGCAACAAAUGUGGGUUCGGGUGCGAAAACGAAGAAGAAAAUGCUCGCGCGGAAAACGACUGUCAAAGAUAAGAAGAAAGCGGAGGAGCCAAAGUCUGCAAAGAGGAAAACGGCGGAGAAGAAGUCCGCGAAAGGGAAGGAUCAAACAAAAGAAAAGUUGCCAGUGGCGAAGGAGCUUACUCCUAGCGACGAGGCUGAGAAGCUCUCUCGAAUGUGGGAGGAGUUAAAAGAGCUUAAUGACAAGAAGCUUGACGCCAACUCGUUCACCCUUCCAGCAUCCUGCCUCCUUCGACCUGCUGCUGAUGACAGUGGCAAGAGACCAGUGGAGGUUCGCGAGCCCGAGGAGAGGCAGGUCCGACGGAUCGUGAACUCCAUGAAGAGGAACCCUUUUGCAGACACUCUGGCUCACGUCGGCUUGAUUGAUCCUUCGCAGGCUCAUACGAAGGAAGAUGUGGAUCUCGACAAACUGCUCUCUGGAGGCUACAAAGUUUUCGUGCUCGGUGGUGGACACACAAGGGAGGCCAGAGAACGCCUUAGGAACCUUCACCCGACUGUCUCUGCUUUCCAAAAGGCGAAUUGUUUCAUUUACGUCRGYCUCACCRUYCAGGAAGCUCGUAAGAUCGYGCACGAGCACAACCACAUUGCAKGCUUCCACCAGGACUUCAGUUUCAUCCAGAAAYUGAAAUGCUGGCGAGYGGUGUUCGAAUCGAUGGGCUGCYAAAAGAAUGCCGCUACRAAGACUGCAUGCUUGCAGGAAAUUGGAUUUUYAAACCCAGACAAARAUCUUYURCAGAGGUCGGAUCCACAUUUCCAGGUYYGCAUGCGGUCCAAGGAAGUGUGGACCCUUCAGCUGAAGAUAUUSGAUAUGUGGUUGAAAGGGGAUUGUCUGRACCAKAAAAURAAGGUYYCUACUGGGAAAAAGGCRAAAMYUUCUAGUGAUGAUAGCGAGGCGGRUGRCCCAGARGGAACUYGGCCRRCAGYGAAGAAAAGAUUGAAGAAAUUCAAUUCUGCUGAAGCCCAACGUCAGGUACUGCGUUUCUUCAAUYCUAGAGCGCAGGUGGARCAUGGAAAAAUUGUAGCUGAGCCAAMWRAYAUGCCAYAGGCGCAUUGGGUGGAGAUGGGUUCUCUCGAUGACRAGUCUGUUAUUCCCAUCCUCRAACAGGUGGCCGCAAAGYAACUCUCGAUUGAUGGUAUGCGGAAGAAGUUUGAGGUGGCGAAGAGGUUCGGUCGAGUGGUUAGGUAUUUCUUAACAKAAWCAAAGUCAGCAGAUUGGGCUAGCUGCAAAGAACUUUACCCACUCMACACAACCAAGGAUGUUUUGGAGCCYYUYGCCAGUAAYUGGAARCARAAGGCRGAUGUACCUCGAGCUUUGCAACARCACGUUGCUCGAGCGAAGRCGUGGAAGGARCYGAAUGACAAAASGGAGGCCGAAAGUCGAAGAACAAGGUYUAAACUCGUCGUCUCAKAAAAARCUGGUACUCACUUCUUGGACUGGACGGAGGUGAAAUAUAAAGAACAYUGCGGCAACGUGAAAGUCCUGGAAGGCGAUAUGAUGGACUUGAAGAACUUGACAGAGAAGUUGCCUUUCUCUCUGAUUAUCUGCGACUUCCCGUACRAGUUUAAUCUGCCAAKGUCCUCUGGCRAUUYUGUUCCUUUUYCUGAGGAGCACAUUGUUCAGGUCCUUGAGAACAUCAAGGAGGUAUGCAGUGGACCGUUGUGGACAAUUGUCGGAUUCUGCUCUCUGGACAUGCUGCCCUCGGUUCGGCGAGCGUUCAAGAUGGUUUGCAAUGCAGGAGAGGAGGUGGUUACGUGGUGCAAGCCGAAUAUCAUGAACACAGGAUGGCCUCGUCUUGUGAGCGCGACAGAGUUUUGUGUCAUCGACUACUACAACCAAAGUGGUUCUCGAGAGGCAACUCAUUACAAUUUUGCCAGCACAGACCCCAGGCACAACUACAGGCUGUUCGAUGCUGUUAUGAAGAAGUAUAUUCAUCCGACCGACCUCGAGGUGUUGUGCCCUUACCAGAAGCCUGUCGCCUUGUACACGUGGUUGAUCGAGAAAUUCUCUCCUCCUGGCGCUUAUAUCAUCGACGGUUUUUCCGGGUCCGGAACAAGUGCAAUCGCCAGCGUUUUCUGCAACGGGAAUUGCCUGGUGGUUGACAAGUGCACGCGCUGCAUCAAGGGAAUCCGGGCUCGCAUUCUGAACGAUAUUGGCCCUAUGAUUGAAAGACAAAGCAGGCGCAAGGAGACCGCAGUGGAGGAUAAGACUUACAAUUGUGUAGUCGCUGCAGAGGACACAACUGCAACAACAACACCGACCACUGCUGCGGCAGUAGCAACAGCAGCCGAACCAGCAGCUGCAGGACCACCCGCAGCAGAAGCAUCACCAGCAAGAGCACCAGCACCAACACCACCACCAGCAGCACCAACACCACUAGCAGCAGCAACAGCAACACCACUAGCAGCAGCAGCAACAGUAGCAGCAGCACCACCAGCAGCAGCAACAGCAACAGUAGCAGCAACACCCGCAGCAGCCACAGCAACAGAACCACCCGCAGCAGCAGCAGCAACAGAACCACCAGCAGCGGCAGCAACAAUACCACCAGCAGCAGUAGCAGCAGCAGCAGCAGCAGCAGCGAGCGCACAAGGGGCAGCGAGCGAGUCAGCAACAGCUGGACCAGGCACAGAAGCGCUCGCACAGCGAGAGGAAGCGGGGCCUGCACACAGCCAAGACUCCUCACGUCGGACAACUACGAGGCUCAACAUGAAGAACAGACUGACAAAGUCUGUUCCGGACCUGACCGCGUCCUCAGGCGGAAGCAAAGCACGCAGCAGUGUCGGACGCCCAAGAUCGAACUUUCGAGAGGAGGGGCCAGCAGCGCAUGCACUCGACAAGGACCCUGAAGAACAAGCAGAGGUCGAAGAGGAGCUCAGCGGACAGGAAUAUGAUGAAGAUGAGGAGGACGAGGAGAACCCGAUGGGAGUAGAGGACGUGGGGGGAGACGAAGACGAGGAGGAGGAAGAAGAAGAAGAAGAAGAUGAGGAAGAGGAAGAAGAGGAAGAAGAGGAUGAAGAGGAAGAAGAGGAAGAUGAGGAACAUGAGGAUGAAGAGGAAGACGAGGAUGUUCAGGACGCAGGCAGGGCACAGAAGAGGAGGAAAAAGGACAGUUGGGUGGAGAACAUUCUCAUGUCGGCGAAACAAACCAAGGAACUUCUUCCAUUCUUGUGGGCUGUUUGCCUCACAGCUGCCGGAGUGAAGCUGUACACGCAGACGGAGAAGCACUACAGAUGUUAUGGCGAGAUCAUUUUUGCAAGUUGGGUGAUGGAAGAAAAGGAAUCAUUCGCCGGAUUGUGGGUUUUAACGGGCAAAACACUUCUGAGCUUCCUUCUUGCCUCGAAGAAAAUGGUGCCCAACAAAUUCCAGAUUGAGAACAAGAGGCUGGCAGCAGCGAGCAAAAAAGGCUGCAGGAUAUGGCAGAAGGGGGAGGUCAAGAACCAGAAACUCAAGCCUCUUGUGAAAAGUCAGAUCCGCACAGACGUCGCUCCAGAGUCCAGCGAGUCGGAGGGUGGCAAGAAAAAACGCGGGGCGAGAAAGCUGGACAGGGCUGUCGCAAAGCAGCAAGAGAUGGCGUUCUUCAAUCCUCGCCUAAAAUUGAAGGACAACAAAGUUGCUUCGGCCCUGGCUGACAUGCCUGCGCAGCCAUGGAUUACGAUGGGCAAUAUCCCGCACGACGCUAUCAUCCCCAUCUUGACGGAAGUUGUGUCCAAGCAGAUCUCCCUGGAAGAGAUGGAGAGGAAGUUCAAGGUCAUGAAGAAGUUUGGCUACGUUGCAAAGACCUUCUGCGAUGGUGUCAAAUGCAAAGACUUCAAAACCGCAGAGGAGUUGUAUCCUUUGCACACCAAGAAGGAGAAACCUUAUGCAUUGUAUUCCUGGUUGGUCACAAAGUUCUCUCUACCAGGCGCCACCGUUUUGGAUGGCUUUUCGAGCUCGGGUACGGGGGUCAUUGCUUGCGUGAUGGCGAACAGGAACUGUCUUGUCGUGGAGCUGGACAGGCGGUGUGCGAAGGGAAUCCGCAUGAGGCUGCUCACUGACCUCGAAGGGACGUUGCAAAGAGAAAAGCCGAAAGAGGGGAAGGGCAAAUCGAAGGAAGAACACUCUGAUGCGGACGUUGAGGUGUCUGAGGAUCACGGCCUCGAGGAGGAAGAGCGACAUGUUGAGGAAGCCACGGCAACGGAGACUUCCGGCCAGGAUAUGACACAGGAGACAUGGGAACCCAUGCCGGGAUUGAUUGCAACCGAAGCCAAUCUGCCGGCAGGAUCUGACCAGCGUGAGGAACCGCCCGUGGCAGUACCUCCAGAGGAGCAGCUGGCACGAAGCCAGGACUCAAGUCAGGCCACAGAGGCAGAAACACGAGGUCAUAAGAGAAAGAUCGGAGGAUAGGAGGUGGUCAGCUCCUUGUGAUGGGUCUGCGCAGCAAUGCUCGGCCGCGUAUGCGAAAAUAAACAAGGGCGCAUAUA